UAAAUUUCCGGUUCAGUGGAGACCUAUUAAAACGGAAUAUUCCGGUCCUGUGUGAACUCUGACCGGAAAUAAUCCAUCUGUUUCCGGUCUGGCUAUUUCAGUUCCAGUCCGAUCAGGAACGGUCUCUGCCCGGUAGGUGGAUUGCUGAGGUAGGUGAAUGAGACCUUAUAUUUCUUCUAAGUGUGCGAAAAUGAGAAAAAUAUAGACAGAUAUUUCUUGCAGCGAAGGUGAUUUCCAGACUGAAACCCCUUAGAAAAUUCCAGACUGAUAAAAAACUGAGAAUUGGACCUGCACUUCUAUCCUCCCAUCAGCAGCCGCCCCUUCUCUUUGGAAAAAGUUUUCAUCAUUUUCAAUUUGCCAUCAAAAGUUUUCUUAGUUCUGAAUCGAAUCUCAAACCUGUCGCCCCCUGACUUCUCUGCCUCUCCACUCUUCCAAGUUCUGAGAAUCCGACUAUCGGAUUUUCCUGCUUCCAAGUCGACGAGUCUCCCGUCUCCGGCUCUCCAGUCUCCGCCAAUCGCCUGCUGUCCUGCUCUCGGCUCUACUGCUCUAGCCUCUAGGCUGUAGCAGUUUUCAGCGAUCAUUAAGUGACACAUUAAGAUUCCACGUCAAUUUAGAGGUGUAGAGUUAUACUUAUGGAGGCAGCCAAUUCACGGAGUUUACAAUUCCCCUCAUGUAUUAAUACUGCAAAUAGGCUGCCAAGAUCAAUUGGUUCAAUGAAUUUCCCAAAGAGGCAUUCUGAGCAUGAGAGUAUUCCUAAAUCCCUUUCCUGUCAUUUUCAACCCAUAAAAGCUACAAACCGACACAGACUAGCUUUGCUGACAGCUUCAUGCUCUUCUCAGAAUACUCAAGCUUCAGUGCUGCAAUCUGAGAGCCCUCUUCCAUCUCUAGAUGAAGCUCAGGUUUUGAAGAGAAAAUCAGGGGAGAUUUUACCAUAUUUGAGUGGUAGAUGUAUAUAUCUUGUCGGAAUGAUGGGCUCUGGCAAAACAACUGUGGGCAGAAUCAUAGCAGAGGCACUGAACUAUACAUUUUUUGACUGUGAUACACUUAUCGAGCAAGCUAUUGGUGGAACAAAGGUUUCUGAAAUCUUUAAGAUACACGGUGAAGGCUUCUUUCGAAAUAAUGAGACAGAGGUCUUGCGCAAGCUUUCUUUGAUGCGCCAGAUUGUUGUUUCAACGGGUGGGGGGGCAGUUGUUCGGCCCAUUAACUGGAAAUAUAUGCACAAAGGCAUCACUUUGUGGUUGGAUGUUAAUGUGGAAGCAUUGGCAAGGAGAAUUUCAUCAGUGGGAACUGGUUCACGGCCUUUGUUACACAAUGAAUCUGGAGACAUUUAUGCUAACACUCUGAAACGUUUGUCUACGCUUCUGGCUGAGAGGGGAGAUGCAUAUGCCAACGCCAAAGCUAGAGUUUGCCUAGAAAAUAUUGCUGCAAAGAGGGGAUCUGGGGAUAUUUGCAACAUCACUCCUACAGAAAUUGCCAUUGAGGCACUUGAAGAAUUAGAAAACUUCUUGAAGAAAGAAAGUGGAGAAGUGCAGUGAGCUACAAAUUUAAAACUCGUGGAAGAGUCUAGAAGUGCAUUAGCUCCAUUUUACACCCACACCCACAUUUUGGUCAGUGAUCUUGGAGUUGAUGUUGCUUCUGAUUGGGUACGAGGGAGCUUCUAUGCUUUCAUUUUGUCUUUCUUCUGCCUUUUAUUCUCAGCCCAACCAUGACAUGUAAUAUUUAAAGGGGCUUCAAGUAUUUAGACUUAUGCUGCAUUUUUUAUACCCCUCGAUCAGUUAGUUGAUGUAUAUUUGUGUAACAAUUUUCUCAUGAAGUUAUAUGUUCAUUUAUAUAAAAGUUUUGGUUUAAAAGAAGCAUAUGACUUCCAUGAAUCCAUGACGCUGAUGUUAAGUAAAUUAAUUCUUGUGGAAUUAAGCUGGGGUGGGAAACGGUUCAAGGAUAGCAUUGAAAUAUUAUCAUAUUUUUAAUCUUGUUAUCUCACACUUUUACCUUUUUAAAUAAAAGGGUGGAUUUUAUCAUCUUGAACACAUUAAGGGCCCGUUUGUUAUGACGUGAAGUAAACAUUUUGCGUGUAAAGUGUAAGGAUGUAAACAUUUACACCGUUUGUUUUAACAAUUUAAUGUAAAUUGCAGGAUCCUUUCUAAAUAACAUUUUACACUAUAUCAUGUAAAAUCUUUUACCUGGGGAGGGUGGUAAACUAUUUUACAUUGGUUUAUACGACCCAGAAUAAAUAUAUGGAGCAUUGAAUUUCCGAGUUUACGACUUCAACCUAGGCGGCAAAGCAAACAUUUUGGAUGCAAGAAACUCACGUCUUCUCCAUCUUCGCAAUUCUACAUGGACAUAUGGUAUCAAUAAUAUACAGAAAAACCUUCCAACCUUCCGCUAUACGCCUAUACAUGGAUUACCUAAUUCUAUUGGAAAAUGCUUUAGGUACACGUUUUGUGUACACGUUUGGUGUACAGUGUACACAUGUCUGUCCUUCACAGACAAAUUGUCUGUCACAGACAACUUGUCUGUGACACCAAACGUGCACACAAAACGUGUACCUCAGUACCUCUAGCAAGACCCAAUUCUAUUUGGUAUCAAAUCCCCUCGACAGAGAUCCCUAUUCCCAACCCGUGCUUCUGACCCCAAGCUCUGCUUCUCUAUCAAUACUUAACUGUCGCCCAUAUAUUGCAAUCAAGAUCAGUGUUUUAAAUAGUCGGCCGCUACGGCUAUCAAAGCCGCUAUAUAUAGGGAUGGACCGGUCCCGAUCGGGCUUAGGGCGGUACCGGGUCGGGGAAACGGAGGCCCGGAACCGGCUAUGUUUCGGGACCGGCCCCGGAUCAGCCGUGCCGAUUCCUAGACCCGGUCUCGGUUCCGGUUAAUCGGGCCGGUCCGAUCCCGCACAAUGGCGGUCUAGGCCGGGUCAUAGUCCAUCACUAGCUAUAUAAUGGUCGCGGUAGCUACCGCUAUGGCCGCUAUCAAGGUGUGAUUUUCAAAUCGCAGAAAAGUUCGCUACAUAACCGCUA